UUAUGUUUUAAAGUAUUCAUUGGACGUCUAACAUUUUUAGAGUAGAGGUCUAACUUUGCGCCUGCGUUCUACAUCCAUGGACCAUUUUGGGAAAGUGUUACUAAAUAACGACAUAAAGUGGUGCUUUUUUGAGGAAAUCCUUAGAAAAAUCCGAUAAUGUCGUGUGGGGCAGAAUGUUUGUCCCUUGGUCCGCCACCAGACUCCAUCGUGCACAUGCCACCACCACCUUUACCAGCGUUUCUGGCCAAUAUUGCUAACUUGACACCGCCAUGCCGUGCGUCCAAGUGCCCCCCAUUUCAAAACCAUGAAGACAACGCAUUGUUUCCCGGAGUUGAAUACCACGAACUUCCUCGACACGAACCAGCUGGAAGCGACGACACGUGGUUCCUGGUUCUAAUCACCUGCUGUAUCGCUGUUCUCUGCAUCGCGGCACUGCUGGCGUUGUUUUUGCUCAAAUGCCGAGAAGCUCGAGGUGGAUGCAAAUCUGGCACAGGUAAGGCAGGCGGCUCCAACGCCCUAUACGGGAGCGCAGCGCUGGACUCGCGCGUGCUCUGGGCGGCGCUCACCCCUCGCGGCACGAGACAUUUCGUCGCCGACACCUACCCGCACGACGAGACGGAGGACCAUCACUACGAAUGCGUCGAGCCACCUCUCUACAAACUCGGCCCACCCGAAGAUUUAACCAUUACAAGACACUUCAACGUCGAAUACGAGGAUCCUGCACCCUUAAUCGAAAGCUACUCCGAUAGAACAGAAGAGUACUUCAGGAAUGGAAUGGAGACCCUACGUCGGGGAAACCGCCCUCUAGUCUCCUCUCCGACCAGAAUCGAGAGACCUAAUCUUCCCCCGUUGAAUCUGCAACCGAGAACACUUAGACGUGCCCCUCAUUCCCGCCGAGUAAGCGAUGCGAACAAUCCGGAAAAAUCGGCCAUCUGAACCGAAAAUGGCGCGGUUUUUUCCGUCGCCGAUUCAACCGAUAUCGAUUACGAAUGGUCGAUAACCGAUUCCAAUGUGGACCGACUCGUUUGAGGACCAUUUGUAAAACAAAAAUACAACAAUUACAGAUAGAUCUGAUAAAAUACGAAGAUAUCAAAAAAGGUUUUAAUAUUUGUGAUGACUGUUAAUGUGAUUUCCUAUUUAAGUUAUUUUUCUUUAUUUUAAGACAACAUACUUUUUUAUAUUAUAAAUAAUUAGAAACAAUACUUAAUACUAAUUAAAAAUUUGGGAUUUAUACAUAAUAUUUAAUAUUUAUUACAAAGAAUUAUUUUCUGUAAAUACAAUCUAUUAUUAUAAUACUAAGAAAUGUGCAAUGUAAAUGCUUAUAACCGCCUAGCCAUAGAUCUAGAUCAUAACAAUCACAUUUUAUACCUAGUCAAAAAGCAUAAUUUUAAUGAAUUUUUCACCUCUUAGCUAUAAAUACUUUAAAUUUAAAUGUAUUUUUAAUCACAACUAAGCACUGUCAAUAAAUUAUCUAAAACAAUAGUUAAAAUAACGAAUAGUUCAUAAAUCAAGCUGUUUUGUAGUAUUCAUAAAAUAGGUACUUUACAAACUAGAAUUUUAUAAACUUAUGUGUAUUUAAAAUGUUUACAAUACAACAAUAUUUUAAGCAUAUAAUAUCAUAAUAUUGUCUUAUAAAAUUAAAAUAGUUUAUACAGAAUAAAAUUGGCUACAAAUUA